CCGAGGUGUGGUGAGGUCUGAACCCGAGGCCGCGGAGGUCGGAUUUGAGAGUGUCCCUGCUCCGGCCUCCCUCGGCUCUCUCUUCCCGACCCCUGCCCGCCCCGGGGCUGCGCUCCCGCGGUGGCAGCCGGGCAGGAGGGAGCUGCGGUGCGGUCCGGCCCGCCCGAGGUGUUUCUGAGUAGGCUUUUCUGCCUGGGAGAGUGACUCUGUGCCAGAGAUCCUCAGCUGCGCCAACUGCAAAGCUAUUUGGGUAACAAAAUGAAACCUGCAGAGCUGCACUAUUGGAUUCUGGUUUGGUUUUCCAUGGCACUAUGUUGUUGGUGUACUUCAGAUGCAUUUACUCAAAGUGACAUCCACUUUCAUCCCUGGAAAAAGCUGUAUUUUGCUCAUCAUUGGCCAGUGACUGUAUGUAAGAUGAAUGCUAAUGAUUGUCAUGACCCGCCAAAGUAUUGGACAAUCCAUGGAUUGUGGCCUGACAGAGCUGAAGACUGUAAUAGGACAUGGCAUUUCAAUGUCACCGAGAUCAAGGAUCUUAUGUCAGACAUGAGACACUACUGGCCUGAUGUGCUUCAUUCAUCUCUGAAUCGCACACAGUUCUGGAAACACGAGUGGGACAAACAUGGCACUUGUGCAGCCACACUUGAGAUCCUUAAUUCUCAGAAGAAGUACUUUGGUAAAGCCUUAGAACUCUACCAGCAUGUUGAUCUCAAUGGUUGUCUCUUGAAAGCUGGGAUAAAGCCGAGCAGUUCAUAUUACAAGAUGACUGCUAUAAAGGAAGCUCUUAGAAGAUUUUAUGGUGUAACACCAAAGAUCCAAUGCCUUCCUCCAGAAGAGGGUGAAAAAGCACAAACAAUUGGCCAGAUUGAAUUCUGCUUCACCAAAGAACUGCAACUGGUAAACUGCACAGUGCCAGAGGAUGAAUCCACUCACUUGAAGCUUGGAACUUCAGAGUUGUCGGUCUGCCAUGAUGAUCUCCCAACCUAUUACCCUUCAGAGGUCCAAGAUCACAAAUGAAGCCAUAAGAGUUUGAAAAACUGUUCAAACAGCAACAAAACCCAAAUUCAUGUAAUAUUACAAGCCCCUGUCCAUAUCAUGGGCCUACAGUGAAGAUUUCUGCUGGAAAACACAAUUCUUUUGCUAUUAAAGGAGAAUGGUCCACAUGAUGGGAUCAGCAUUUGAUCUAAA